CGUAUAAAUAUAAGGUAGUGCCAGGGUGAGCAGUGAAACACAAAAGAACAGCAGAGUAAGAAGAACUAACCUGUGAACUUAUUGUACCUUCAUAGAUACAAGGAUGCCCAAGCUGUAUUUCUCUAAGAUUUUGUUCAGCCAGCUGAAGGAUGAUAACUCCAAAAACAGUGAGAAAAAGAAACCAAAAAAUGUCGGAAAGGAUCAGAAAGGUUGUUUCCAGUCUAAUGUGGUGAACUCAGAUAGUUCACUUGCAAAGCCUUCCAAAUCCUGCAACGAAAAACAGACUCUUCCUCAGUCUUUGGAAAAACUGCUUGCAGAUAAAUGUGGUCUUGCUGCAUUCAGAGCGUUCCUACGGUCAGAGUUCAGUGAGGAGAACAUUGAGUUCUGGAUGGCCUGUGAGGACUACAAGAAGGACACAUCUUCAGCGAAUCUGUCAUCCAAAGCUAAAGAGAUUUAUGAAGAAUUUGUUCAGUCACAGGCUCGAAAGGAGAUCAACAUUGACCAUCACACCAGAGAGUCUAUUAAAAGGGCCAUUCAAGAGCCCAGUCUUUCCUGCUUUGAUGAAGCCCAGAAGCAAGUUUACAGUCUAAUGGAAAAGGACUCCUGUUCCAGGUUCCUGAAAUCUGAAAUAUAUCUAAAUCAUGCGAAUACCACAAAGACGUGAUUAUGGUGGAUGAGACGAAACCUACAAAGGGCAUGGAAAUCCAGAUCUAAAGCUUCUGUCAUCCUCGGUCACUCACACAAGAGUGGGCUGGCUGAGGGUUAUAAAUAAGAGAACACCUUAUGUAGAAUGGACUCUCCCAAAGGCAGACAGAGACAACUGAAAGACAUUACUAAUUCCUUACUUCUUAAUAUCAUGCUAAAAGAACAAAUGCAUUACGUGUGAGAAGUUGUGUGAUAAUGGAGACUCGUACAGCUGAGUUUGUGUAGGAAUGUAUGAAGAGUGUUGUAUUAACUGUGAAGAGACUGUUCCAAGAAUUAGAUGUAGGAGGUUAUCUGUACCAGUUAUGAGAAGACUGGGCAGCUCUUUUUGCCAUAUUGCAAUUUGUAUCAUUUUUUGUGAAACCAAAAUGAAGCUACAGCUUUUAAUGUUAACAGGACAUAAAAACUCCCAAAUGUUUUGUUACCAGAGUCAGUCAGUAAGAAGUGUUUGAUUAAUGUGAAAUGUGCUAAGGAACUGAAGUAAAUAAGCUUACAUGUUUAUUUUUAUUAUCAAGUCAGAUCCAAAGUAAAUAUUUGCAAACGUUA